AAAACAUGUUUACCAAAAAAGUUAUUUACAAAUAUUUAGUACCAAAAUAAAAUUGUGCGAAGAAGCAAUUACGAACGCGUUUCUCGCAAAAAAAAGCAAAAUGAAAAAACAAGUUGUUGAAUUAUCCCCAAUCAAGCACGAAUUGACAAAAUGGUGGGGAAUCACAGACUACGUUGAUGACAUUGGUAGUCAUUUGAAAGAACGUGAAUUGCAUCGAUUUUGUUUUUUCCACAAAUCACCUCAAGCUGAAUAUCGUUCAAAAUUAGUAGUUUGGCUUAAAGAAUUGGGCUUACAAAAGAAUUUGGAUCGAUCAUGUAUUCAUUUGGCAGUAUACAUUUUGGAUAUUUUUAUGGACAAUUAUGCAGUUCCAAAGCAACAACUUUAUUUGGUUGCUUUGGUAGCACUACUUCUUGCAGCUAAAUAUGAUGAACGCGAUGUUAAAAUUCCAAAAAUCGUCGAAUUAAAUAGUCAGUUGAAAAAUCCAUAUCCAGUUAGUGAUUUUCAUGCAAUGGAAAUUAAGAUAAUGAUUUUGUUCGAUUGGUAUUUAGGUGUACCAACUGCAUCACAUUUUACUGAUUACUAUAGUAUGUGUGUUAUUUUGGACAAUGAUUGUAAAUGCAUUAAAAAAAUGGAUUGUGAACGAGCAUUAUGGAGAGAGGCCGUACAAUAUAUUCAUAAAUUUUUGGAUAUUAUAUUAUUAGAUAUAAAUUUAAUGCAAGCACAACCAUCAUUAAUAGCAUCGUCCAUUAUAUGUGCAACACGCAUUUUAUUAAAAUUAUUACCAAUAUGGCCACCGCAAUUGGUUGCAAUAACAAAUUUUAAUUUUGUUGAUAUUCUUAAAACUGUUGAAAUUCUAUUUAGGGAACUAAAUCCAAUGAUAGUCCAAUAUGUAUUUACUACAAAUAAUGAAACAGAAAAAGAAACUCAUGAAAUAGAUAACUCUGAAGAUAAUUAUCCACAAGCGAAACGUUUAAAAACGGAAAACGAUUAAUAAAUAUGGUUUCCAAAUUUUUCAACAAAAUGGACUAUGAAAAUAUUUUAUACUAUACAAUAGUUCUUUAGAAGAUUUAUUUUUUGUUAUUAUAAUUCUAGAAUAAUUCAUGAGAAAAAUUUAUUUUAAAGACAGUUUGAGACUGUUAUUUAUAUAUAAUACAAUGAAUAAGCCGGAAAAAGAAU